AUUUUCAUUUUUCUCUUUUUGACUUGUGAAUUAAUUGUGGUUUGUGAUUUGUACGACGGGGUCAACAAAUUUGCAAUGUCUUCAAACAGUUUAAAGAAGCAAUUGCUUAAGGGUCGAACUUCAAAACGAUGGGUAGUUGUUAUAUUCAAAGAAAGUAAAGACUUUAGUGUUGUACCUAUUAAUUGGCUUAAACUAGAUUUUAAUCUUGAAGAUUUGAAUGGAUCUAAUAUUUCAUUAGUUAAUUAUUGCCAAUGGCCACCCUUCAAAGUGACAAGUGUUGAACUAAUGAAGGCUGAUGAUCCAGAUGAUACAUGGAAAUCAUUCAAAGUAAAAAUUUUGGAUGGUAAAAUAUAUGUGAAUUUUAAAGUGGCAUGGCUCAAACAAGUGGAAAUUGAGUUCUCAGUUACAGAAAGUGAACAAGAAGCUCCCAAGAAAAAAAAGAUACGUCUGCUAAGCUCAUCUUCAGAUGAAAGUCAAGUUGAAGAAAGUUCUUUCUCUAUAAUGCCUGUAAACAGUAGAAAACAUAUCGAAAGCGAAUAUUAUGAACCUAGACAGUAUACUGAGUUGCAAGGAAACAAAGUACCAGAUACAUAUUAUAAACAACAAAUAUCAGUUCUGCCAGCUGAUCAAAAUCCUACCACAUCUGCUCCCGGCUCAAUUGAUGAUGAUGAGUUUUCAUCAAACAAAAACAUAGCUCUAUUGAUUUCUACAUCACAAACCCCAAAUUGUUCUGAAACACAAUUUGAGCGCAGAAACUACACAGAGUUGCAAGUAAACAAUGUUCCAGUACCAGCUAUAUAUGAUCAACAAAUAUCCAUUUUACCGGCUGUUCAAAAUCCUACCCCGUCUACUUCUGGUUCAAUUGAUAAUCAAUUUUCCUCAAACAGGAACAUAGAUCAGCUAAUGUAUCCACUACCAACCACAAAUUUCUCUACAACACAUUAUAAACCCUAUAUUGCUACAAAUUCAUAUAAUUCAUUACAGAGUGAUCGUGUUUUUGAUAACAAUAUAAGUACAGAUCAAUCACUUUCUGAAACACUGAUAAAGAUUCAAAAGGAACUAGUAGCUAAUACUUUUAUGUUGAAUCGUUUGUUGUCGAAAGUUGAAGUAUUAGAAUCCAAUUCUAAAAAUAAUAAUAUAGGGUACUCUUCAAAAACUAAUCAAUACAUUGAUUCUGAUUUUUUAUCACUAUUUCCAAUGAAGACAAAAGAAGAAUUUUUAUCUAUUGAAGAUAAAAUUGUUCAUGAUCUUGAUUUUGUUUCAAAACUGGAAUCAUUUAUUAGAAGUAUUGGUGGGUGUGGAACAAAAAAUAAUAUAACAAGAGUAUUACAAAAGAUAUUUAUUGAUGAAUUCGCUGUUAUAGCCACUUUGACUGGUCGUGGGAAGAAUAUAUCUGUUGCUUUAGGCAGUUCCGAAAUUAUUAAGCUAGUUAAAAGGAUAAUUAAAGCAAAUUCAAACAAUGUAUUGACAGAUUCUGAAUAUGAAACAGUAGUAGCAAAUUGGUUAAGACACGGAAAUACUCGAUUGGGUAGAUCAAAUAAUAAAUAA